ACGUUUAUGACAAGGUCGUCGUAUGGUUUAGCGGCAGGGAGGGGCAGCAUCUUCAGUAUUUUCACCAUCAUGGGGGGAAAUGGGUUGAUCAAGCAAAAGAAUGGCAAGGUUAACGGACUAAACGGGAGACUAAAUGGGAAACAUGCGAAGGGAGACAGCUGGAAAGAUGAUUUUUACGAGUCUUUUGAAGAGACACCUCUUGUGGUGGCCAUUAUCACCUAUCUGGCUUUUGGCAUCCUUGUGGUGAUUGGUCACAUCAAGGAAUAUUACCGAGUGUACAUAAAAUGGGAGAAGAGAGCGGCCAAUGAACCAGGACAUGAGGACUUUGUACCGCUGUAUGCGAGUUGGGAGAGUUUCUACACAAAGAAUGUAUUCCGUCGUAUCAAGGAUUGCUGGAUACGACCAAUAUCCAGCUGUGCAGGGGCCAAAUUUGAAGUGCUGGAGAUAGUUACAAAGGACUAUGGCUGGAACUAUUUCCUUACUGGCAGGAAGAUACCUGCAUUGAACUUUGGGUCGUACAAUUACCUGGGUUUUGCAGAGAACAAAGGGCCUUGUGCGGAUGCCUGUGAGGUCACAACAAUGGAGGAGGGUGUGGGCGUGUGUGCCAGUAGACAGGAACUGGGUUAUUUGGAAAUUCACAAGGAGCUGGAUGACCUGAUGGCUGAAUUCCUGGGAGUUGAGGCGUCUGUCACCUUCCCAAUGGGCUUCGCCACCAACUCCAUGAAUAUGCCUGCCCUGGUGGAUAAGGGCUGCCUCAUUCUGAGUGAUGAGCUGAACCACGCCUCCCUGGUGCUGGGCUCGCGGCUCAGUGGUGCCACAAUCAGAGUGUACAAACAUAACAAUAUGAAGGAUUUAGAAAAGAAACUCUGUGACGCUGUUGUCCAUGGGCAGCCUCGUACUCACCGACCCUGGAAGAAGAUUCUCAUUGUUGUAGAAGGGGUGUACAGCAUGGAAGGGUCAGUCGUCCGUCUUCCUGAGAUCAUUGCCCUGAAGAAGAAGUACAAGGCAUACAUCUACCUGGAUGAGGCUCACAGUAUCGGAGCCAUGGGGCCACGCGGCCGCGGUGUUGUAGACUACUUCAAUGUCGACCCACGAGACGUGGAUGUGUUGAUGGGUACAUUCACCAAGAGCUUUGGUGCAGCUGGAGGAUACAUUGGAGGAACUAAGCGCCUCAUCAACCACUUGAAAGUGAACUCCCACAGCGCCAUCUAUUCUUGUGCCAUCUCCCCUCCUGUAGCUAGGCAGAUCAUCCACUCAAUGAAGAUCAUCAUGGGCAGAGAUGGAACUAACCUCGGUCAAAAACGUGUCCGACAGCUGGCUUGGAAUGUCCGCUACUUUCGUCGCAGACUCCAAGAGAUGGGCUUCAUUGUCUAUGGCAAUAAGGAUUCUCCAGUUGUGCCUGUGCUUAUAUUCUUACCAUCCAAAAUAGCUGCCUUCAACAGAAUGGCCUUAGAGCGAGGUCUGGGAACUGUGGUGGUUGGAUUCCCAGCUACUCCUAUCAUUAAAUCUCGGGCCAGGUUCUGUCUGUCUGCUGCUCACACCAAAGAGAUGCUGGACACAGCCUUGGUCAUCAUUGACGAGCUUGGUGAUGAGCUGAAUAUGAAGUACUCACGGUUUCCAUCUCGUGUGUUCUCUGAAAACUCAAUCAAACUCAUUGAGUAACUCUGCCUGCCACCCUCCUUGCACUUCCAAGACUUUAACAAUGGCACCUCUGGACUGGCAUCUACAAUGCUGCAUGAAGGACCAAGUCAACAGCUCAACAUCACUCUCCAGCUUCCACAAGGGGAUUUGUUGCAGUUCAUACCAAAUCCUUGUUUUGUCUGUUCUUAAACUUUCAUAUCUUCACUGGGGCAGUCAGGUAACCUAGUGGUUAAAGCGUUUGUUCGUCACGCCGAAGACCUGGUUCCCAACAUGGAUACAAUGUGUGAAGCCCAUUUUUGAUGUUCCCAUCCAUUAUAUUGCUGGAAUAUUGCUAAAAGCGAUGUAAAACCAUACUCACUCAUCUUCACUGCAGAGUCUGAGUUUAUUUUCAAUAUUAACCUACGAUGAACAUAUCAAUACAAGCGGUUGAGUAGGCAGUAUCUUCUCAGCAUCUUACCAACUCUUGUAGCUUCUCUAGAGACUGUAUACAGGGUAUACAGUAUAAGUCAUUCUCUUGUGAGUGCUGUGAAGUGAUGAUCUUUGACAUCAGGAUCUGGGAUCCAAGCCACAAAGCGUUCUUAACAUUAUGACCUUUCAUAACUCUAUACUUUAUCAUUGGCUUACAAAUGACAUAGUGCUACGAGGGGCAGUGGGGUAGCCU